AUGUACUUCUCUGCUGCUGCCAUCGCCGCCGCUCUGGCCUUUGCCCAGACCGCGCUUGCGGCUCCCGUCAGCGACAAGGUCGCCGCUCGCAGCGACCCGCACGAGCUCGACUUCCGCACCUUUGGUGUCGAGGGCUGCCACGACGAGAACCAGGGUGUCUACACCCUCGAGCUGUCGUCGAACCACAUCUGCCAGCAGUUUGUCGACCCCAUUGGCAGCCUCAUCGCUUCUGACAACCUGUGCACCCGUAUGUCCCCCUGCCUUGACCCGACAUGGUACGAUUUGAAGAGCACUGCUAACGGUUUAGUCACCAUCUAUGCCGACACCGACUGCUCCGUGUCCCCCGUGGUCGUGCCGACCAAUGUCUGCCAGAACGGUGUGUGGCAGUCGUACAAGAUGGACUGCUAG